AUGUUUUGUAGAGGAUAUGUCUCGAGGAUGAGAAGUGUUAACGUGGUAAAAUGCUGGCCCUUCGAUGAGACCGAUGAAGAUGUUGUAAAGUCAUUGCUCCCUCCGAUCACUCUCAAGAAAUUCACCUGGUGGUUCGAUGUACUCGAAUUGUCGCGUUCAGAAUCGAUUAGAAGCGUCAAAAACUCGAAAAAGAAGAAGAAAACAGUUCAAGAAAAGGGAGAAUCAUCACUUACACAUCAAGACUAUACGGAAGAAUCAGACUUGGAUGCUGAAGAAUUCAUAGGAGUAGCAGCAAAGUUGAAGCCUUUAAAGGGGAAGGUGAAGCCAAGGGCUCCAAAGAAAAGGUCUAUAAAGGAGCUUUUUGAGGUGGCGCCGCCUGUGGAUAGAGUUAGUAGCGAGGAGGACGAGGAUGAGGACGAAGAAGACUUUCGCGAUUCGAAGGAAAUUAAAUGGGGUCUCAAAGGAAAGAGGAACGAGAAGAAAAAGAAUAGCAAAGAGAUUUUCUUAAGCAAGUUGAAGAAGCCAAAGAGGAAGAUUAACAAAUUCAAGAAGAAGAAAAGCAAUAAGGAGAUGGAUCUACCAGUUGCAAAUAAGGAGGUAUGUUCUAAGCUCCACCUGCAAUCUCACGUUGUUGUUAACGAGUUGGAUAUUGAUCUAUCUGAAGCUGUUCCAAUCCAAAAGGGGAAACCAAAAGUGAAACACUUGGAUGAAAAGAAGAAGAUCAUGGCUCGUAAAUCUUCUAAGUUGACCGCAGAAAAUGAAAAAUUGGAGUUCCCCAUGCGUGGGAUUUUAAAGAAUCAUAACAAAGUAUUUCCACUACUGAAAUCAAGAAAUUGCAUCUUGCAUGAGUCUAUUCAAGCCAAUCCAUGUGGAAUACAACAGGCAAACAAACACGUCACUUUCUCAGAAAAGGACGACAUACUAGGACGUCAAGAACUACAAAAGUUUCUUGGUUCAGAUUCUGACACAGUUGCUUCUUCUUUAUUGGACAAUCAUGCUGGAGAGAGAGGAAACAAUUCGACUGUUAUAGAAAUGAGUGGAAGUGAAGAUAAUUCGGGUGGAACCGAAAAUGGGCACGAUGCUCUAUCUGUAAGUAAAAAGCAGUUGACUAUCGAAUGCCAUGAGUUUGAUACAGCUAACUUUGUGAAGAAACAUAGCCACGAGAAACUGUUUGGCACAUCUGUAAAAUCAUGUCAAAGUGCACUGCUAGACUCGAAUUUACAUUUGUUUGAAAGAGGCCAUGGAGAAGCAUCUCAUGAUCCUUUGCGUGCUUCUCCUCCUUCGUUCUUUUGUAAGCAUCCAGAAGGACACAGCCAAAACCCAAAUCUCAAAGUGAUUAGAAAUUCAUCAAGUUCUUACAAUAACUGCAAAAGAAUGAUGGAACACCUAGGGAAUCCUGGUCCCGGAAUUCCUCCAUUGUGUUUUGAGGAUUAUCCAAAAGCAUAUAAUGAGUCUUCAGCACCAUAUUUGUAUAAAUGGGAGAAAAGAUCAAACACAAUGCCUCAAUUUCCCCCGCAAAGUGCCAUAGAGAAUUUUGGUGGCCAUGCUUUCCAGUAUCAAUCAUUUCCUCACCUGUCUCCCAAGGAAUUGCUGAGUACUUUAUAUUCCCUUCCAGAAGUGAACCAAAAAAGAAUGGAUGGAGAUUUUGUUGGCUUACCUCUCAAUUCACACGGAGAAUUGAUCAAGUUGAACUCGAGUGGUAAAGGGGAGUUUCAGCAGAGGAUAAAGCCAAGUAUCAGUGCAUCUUCUUCCAUUAGCUUAACUCUGAAUAACAAUGUCAUUUCAAAUUGCUUGGGUAAUCUUUCAGAUUGCAGAAGUUGGGAAUGUAGAACAUCCCGUGGGAAUCAGUCGAAUCAGUUCCCUGUCAACGGCUAUAUGAAAGAGAACCCUCUUGUUGUUAUUCCAUCUAGCUUAGGUAUUGCUGACUGUCAAUGUGAUGGGACAAAAAAUAUUGACUUGAAUUUGAUCAAAAGAAAUGAUCAUUCCUUUAGUACAGUAGAGCAGAACCUGCUCCCGGAGAUUGAGUCUUACUAUGGAUACCAAGAAGAUUACCAGAAGAGCAGGAACCAUGAUCUUGUUUUGCCACAUUUGGUGCAAUCAAAAAUGCGUUUGAUGGGUAAGGAGUUUCUAGUUGGUGGAAACGAGCUUUGGAAAGAUGAACAAAUCAUAGCUGGGCAUCAUUCUGCUGGUACUGCCUUUGACAAUUUAACAAUUUACAGUCAGAAUGAACCAUCUAUUGGGAAAUUUAGAGAAAAUUUGGCUUGUUCAUCGGAAACUGAUAUCAAUCACAUAUCAGAAAGUAUGUUGCGGACAAAGAUUUCGGACUCUAGGUUUCCCGUCUCUCACUUUGCCAUGCAAAGUACUGAUGUGCACCAGAAUGAUUUUGUCGCAAGCAAAAUAAAUCCUGUUCCGGGAUUAUAUACUUAUCUUUCUCCUGGUAACUCCUCCACCGUUCCUAAUAUGAGAUCUAUAUUCCGGGAUCCUGUCCCCCAUGGAUAUGAAUCCAAAACAGUUAUCUCUGAGUUCCCUAUGCCAAGACCUGCUUUUCAGGGAUUGCCUCAUGCUCCAAGAUCAGUUAUCCGUUUCCCAUUCAUGCACCCGGAUCUCGAAGGUCAUGCACAAUCAUCUUGGUAUCAACGCUCUUCUAAGAACCUGUCCCCAUUAUUGUUUGAUGAAAGGGAAACAUUGUUGAGUUAUGGUCCAUCAUAUUCUAAUUUAGGCAGCAGAUGUGGUCCCCGUACAAUGCUGGGAACUAACUGUUGUACUGAUCCUGGGGCGUCGCUGACACAUGAAGCUUUUUGCUUGCACAAUUCUGUCACUUCUGGCUCUGCCUUUCAGAAUUCAAUUGCUCCAGCUCCGUUGACUCAGCGUGCACUCAUGCCUUGCUACUCGGGGGUCAUGCCAAAUUCAGUUUUGCAGAAAGGACGUGGAAGUCAGAUAAAAUUCGAAGAACCAGUCGGGUCAAGAAUGAGCAUUAGAGGACCUAGCCAUGGCGAGAAAGCCAGAAAGCGGGCUUCGGCUGUAUCAGUCGAUUCUUCUCAGCCCAUGAAGAUGCCUAAGUUGGGAAGUCAAGAAGCAUCUUAUUUUUCUAUGACAAAAUCGAUGACCUGCAUUAAUUUUGAAGGUGAUGCUGAAAAUAUUGGGCAACCAUUUCAAUCAAAUUUUGCCAAAAACAAAGCAAAAAUCAUGUCUUGUGGAGAACAUGGGAAUGAUAAGGAUGAAUACACAAUUUUAACAGGGAAGGAUUCUUUCAGUGGCACAGCAAAAUCAGGUCCCGUUAAGCUGACUGCUGGAGCAAAGCACAUACUCAAGGCCUGUCAAAAAAUGGAUCAGAGUAGUUCCAAAUCAACCCAUUCGACCGUCCCUUUUGUGGCAACAACUACAGGUUUCAGGCUUUUAGAAUCUGAGAAAUCAGCUCCAAUCUACAGGAGGAUCGCUCCAAUACUCAAUUUUGUUUCUGCCUACACUGAAUCCAGCUUGAAUAGCACAAAUUCUCAAAUGUGGCUUGUUGUGCUGUCAAAUAAGCUGAAAAGUGUGGAACAAUGUUGCUAG